CAACACUGUUGCACUGUGUGUGGCGGGCUGACAGAUCUGCGUGAGGGGGACGCUUCGUUGUCAUGCAGGGACUGUCAUGCACGUUGCAUGCACGCAUCGAGCCUGUCUCCUCACAUAAGCUUCCGUAGCGAAUUUUGUCAAAUCGAUGGCAACGCACCGAGAACAGUAAGAUAGUAUUUCUGGUAUCUUCGGAGUACUCAACUUGUCUUCGCUGAAACAUGAUGUGUCUUAAAUAACAGUGACAUGGAAUCUCUACAGACAAACAAAAGGUCUAUUUUUGCGCCCAAAUCAUCUCUGAUUCCACGGCUCUCAGAAUCACACAAUCGCCGAAACUCAAACAAAAUUGUCAUAAAUGUCGGCGGUGUACGAUUUGAAACUUAUAAAACGACUCUUAAAAGUAUUCCGGAUACACGACUAUCAUGGUUAACGGAUCAUUCCGGACACAAUCCGGAUUACGAUCCUUUAACCGGAGAAUAUUUUUUCGACCGACAUUCUGGAAUGUUUCAAAUGAUUCUGAACUAUUACAGAACAGGAAAGUUACACGUAUCCAUGGACGUCUGUGGUCCGGCGUUUGAGGAAGAAUUGGCAUUUUGGGGUCUGGAUGAGACCCAGAUUGAGCCGUGUUGUUGGCAUACGUAUAGGGCCCACAGGGACGCACAGGAAACCCUAGCAGAGUUCGAGGGAACCGAAAAUGAUAUUGAAAGUGAUAAUGAGGAAGAAUUUGAAAUGAGACAAAAGUUUGGUAUUUCUGAGGAUUUUAAACAAGUAGAACUGUCACGAUGGAAUAAAUGGAGACCGAAAAUGUGGCGCUUUCUCGAUGAUCCGAAAGCAAAUAAGAUUUCGAAGGCCUAUGCUGUUAUAUCUGUGAUAUUCAUCCUGACGUCGAUCGCCGUCUUUUGUUUGGAGACUAAUUCUCACUUCCGGUACAACCCAAAUCCAAACGCAUCCCUGGAGGAUCUGCCUGUUUUGGAAAGACAAAAACACACCAAGCCCCUUCUUUUCAUGGAUAUCUUUGAAUACAUCUGCAUCAUCUUCUUCACGUUUGAGUUGCUAGCCCGGAUUAUGUUCUGUCCUCGACUCUGUGAUUACGUAAAGGAACCAUUUAACUGGAUAGAUAUUUGUUCCGUUGUACCGUUCUACAUCACAAAAGUUAUGUUGGUUUGUGAUGGCAAUCUCGAACUCACCGAUGCCUAUUAUUUCCUUAAUGCUCUGCGAUUGAUAAGAAUUUUUCGAAUUUUGAAACUAACGCGUCACUUUAGCGGAUUAAAAAUUCUCGGCCAUACGAUACGAGCGAGUGCCAAAGAGCUAUUUCUGCUGUUCCUUGUCCUGAUAAUUGGCGUGCUAAUCUUCGCCUGUCUUAUUUUCUAUGCAGAGCAAAUUGACGAAAGUCAGAGAAACGACUUUCCUGAUAUUCCUAUGGGUUUUUGGUGGGCAGUUGUUACCAUGACAACGUUAGGAUAUGGCGAUAUGGCUCCUAGAACCGGUUUUGGAUAUGUUGUUGGAACUAUCUGCGCAGUUUGUGGUCUUCUGAUGUUAUCACUUCCGGUUCCGAUUAUAGUCAGCAAUUUCACACUUUAUUACUCCCACGCGCAGGCUAAAAUGAAACUACCCAAAAAGAACAGGAAUUGCCUCUUUGGUGCCGCUAAUGCUUUGAAGGAAAAUCAUCCAACGCCAUCACCUUCUCCUUUACCGGAAUCGGUAAAAUCAGAAUUCGGCAGUAAAGGCAGUUUGAAGUCUCUGGAUCGUAAGUCCAGCAAUGAUAGUGCGUUUGGUAGCUGUGACAGCAACACGUCUCCAGAAAAAGAAGAAGUGAGAAAGAUAAGUGUAAUUUACACGGACGAAAUUGUAAAUUCUCCAGUGUUAACUGUAAAACGGAACCGUUACCUUGGAAACCAGUCUCCACCGGAAGCGGAAAGACUACCAAGGAUUCCUGAACGAUCCCACUCUCCAGCGGCGGAAGCAGAUGUGAGCAUGCGCACGAGACGGGGCAGCCGAGUCGGAAUAGGUUGUAAAUCCGUUUCGCCAGCAGCAUCUUCUAAAAUGACCCACCUGCAACCGGAUCCGGACGUGUGAAUAAAGUUGUCGUUAUAAAAAUGGAGACGUACCCUCUUUUUUCACGGAAAGUGUGAAACAUAUGGAGAAGAAAAAACAACUUACAGAAAUUUCGCAGGAAGAGAAUACGUGCAUAAUUUAAAACAUAAAGGUUUAUUGUUGUUGUUUUUUUUUACAGAAAUGUACCACAUCAAAUUGGAACAUAAUUUUGUGCACAUGUAAUUGACAUUAUGUUGUGACGGGAUUUCUCCGAAAUUGAAAAGAAAUAAACAAUCAAACAAACUAUGUGAAUAGUGGUCAAUACUGGUUAUCCACACAGAUGUCUUGAUUCAAUAAGACAACAUGAACCGUUCAACAAGAAUUCACAUACGGGCACCUGUAUUACAAUUUUCAGGACAGUAUAACUUGUUCAAUGAGGACAAGCGAAUCACCUAAACGUUUAUAUUUUCAACUUCUGGCUCGCCGUAAAAGGAAUAUAUGGAACCUGUAUUCGUUGUUUAUUGGUGAAGUGUUGAUGAGUUAUGCGUCUGAGUUACAGUAAGUUAUGAAUUCAACCAAUAAAACGUCAUUAAAUGAGCGUUCA